UACAACUCUCCAGCUUCAUUAAUGAUUGGACAAAUCUCAUCGACGCCGAGGAGCUGGUCAAGCUGUAUUUAGCACAGCCUACCUAUCUGCGGGAUCUCCCUUUCGCAGGGAUAAGGAGUACAUAUGUAUGCAGCCAGCUCGCCUUAUAGGAUAAGAUGGCGACCCAAAAAGUGGCCAUCUGUCACCGUCGAGUCUCUUCACCUAUUUACCUCCCCUUUUUGACCCUAAAACUGCGAUUUUCUGAAAACUUCAUCUAAAGCUAUCUUGUUGAAAACCACAUAUCCCGAGUUAGUUGAGCUAUUCCGCUUUGCAUCUCCAUAUAAUAGAAGCACGGCAAAGAGUAUUCUCUAUACUCAAAAACUCAAGAAGUGUUGAACCAUCAUGUCUGGCCAAUAUUAUCCUCCGCCCCCUGGUGCGGCUGGAUCAACAGCACCCCAAAAGAGUUAUCCGCCACCACCCACAUCUCCUCCCGCAAACCAGACGAAAUUUUAUCCUCCGCCGCCUGGAACUCCCAGCUACCCUCCUCCACAAACUCAAAGCUAUCCCACUCCUCCACAACAAUCAUAUCCAGCACCCCCACAGCAGAACUAUCCAGCGCCACCACAACAGGCUGUAUCUCCGCCACCCAAGAUCGGAACACCAGUAUACCAACCCCCACCUUCCCAGCCAGCACAACAUGCCUUGCCCAUUCGGAACGAUGGCGCAAUGACACCACCAGGCAGUGCUGCACCAGCAUAUGGAGACGUAGUCUCUAACCCUCCCGAGGGGUUCCCGAACGAGAAAGCGCAAAGCAUUCUAGGGACGGGACCGAAUCACUCGCGGACCACCUCAAAUGCUGCUGGACCCUCGCAUUUCCAGGGUGCCGCAGCGACUCUAGACGACGUGGGUACAUUCAAUGGUGGAUCAUAUCGCAUCAGUCACCGAGACUGCAACACGAUUAUCACGAUUCAGCUGGCAAUGGGGUGUCCGAUAAGCGCAAAGCCGGGUGUACUGAUCGCCAUGAGCCCGACAAUCACGCUGAAGGGCGAGUACAAGUUCAGCAUGAAGAAGUUGAUGGCCAGCGGCGGCGAGCUCGGUCACUCGACCUUCAUUGGUCCUGGUGAAUUGUUACUUGCCCCUAGUAUGCUCGGCGACAUGACCACCAUCCGUCUAACGGGCGACGAGUCCUGGAGCGUCGGAAAAGACUCGUACGUGGCCAACACCCAGGGCGUCGUUCGCGACUACAAGCGCCAGGGUCUCGGAAAGGCUAUGUUCAGCGGGGAGGGGCUGUGGGUCCACAAGAUCAGUGGUAUCGGUCUACUGUGGAUCACCAGCUUCGGCGCUAUCAUCCGCAAGGACCUCGCUGAGGGUGAGAGGUAUAUCGUCGAUAACGGUCAUCUGGUCGCGUGGAAUGUGAAGUACGUCAUGGAACGUGUGGCUAGCGGUGGUAUUAUGGGUGGGCUUGCUAGCGGAGAGGGCCUCGUCUGCAAGUUUACGGGUCCGGGCACUGUGUUCUUGCAAACAAGGAACCCGAGAUCUUUUGGCGCUUAUAUGGCGGGUAACGCUGCGCCGCCGUAAUUAUUACCGUUUGGAUAUUCAAGGCAAUAUUCGAUAUUUCUACAAAUGGGAUAUAUUUCUAGUUACGUUUGCAAAAUACCAGUGCCGGGCAGCUCAUGUAUUGGAUACCUAUUUUACUUUCACUUCUACGUUGGGGAAAUUAAAAUGUGAAUGAUAAUAACGAAGCAGGAUUGCUUUUGUGAAUUGACUUCAAUUAUAACGUACUUUUACUUGAUAUAGCAUCAUGAUUACUGACC